GUACGGCGAGUACACAAAAAUGUCAAAAAACGUCUCAUUCGCCAAUCGGUUGAGGUUGAUUGUCGCAGUAUGAGAAAAACAUACAAUUUUCGAUGACACUCGAGACUGCGCGCAUCUAGUGUUUAAACAAUAUAUUCACGAGAGUCACCUACAAUUGCGAAAAUUGUUCGACGUGUCAAAUUGAUUCUACGUGUCAAAGUACACGUAACCUCUCAAUUCAAGUUGAAUAGGCUGAGCCGGAGACGAUAGAACGACGCAAUAAUAGAAGAUAUCAUUAAAUUAUAGUGAAAAAUGUUGAAAGCAGUGAUACUGAUUGGUGGUCCCUUAAAAGGGACCAGGUUUCGGCCCCUCUCGCUGGACAUUCCAAAGCCCUUAUUCCCAGUUGCUGGGUUGCCAAUGAUCCAACAUCACAUUGAAGCAUGUACCAGAGUACCCAACCUAGGGGAAAUUCUAAUCAUUGGCUCGUACCCAACCUCUGAUUUACAUCAAUUCGUGCAAGACAUGACCCAAAUGUACGGGCUCAGCAUCCGAUACCUGCAAGAGUUCACAGCACUGGGCACAGCUGGAGGAAUGUAUCAUUUCCGUGAUCAAAUUCGCUCUGGCAGCCCUGAAUGUUUUUUUAUUAUGAAUGGUGAUGUAUGUGCCGACUUUCCGCUUCAAGAUAUGGCCAAGUUUCACAUUUCCAAACACUCUUUGGUUACUGUUAUGGCGACAGAAGCCACUCGGCAACAAUCUUUGAACUAUGGCUGCAUGGUUUUAAAAAAAGGAGGCGAAGUCGACCAUUAUGUUGAAAAACCAUCCACCUUUGUUUCUACAUUGAUCAACUGCGGUGUCUACAUCGCCUCCGCAGAUAUAUUUCAAACUAUGGCUGACACGUUUUAUGCUAAUCAACAACAGGAAAAGCUCUUGCAAUUGAACGGGAAUGGAAAAGACCCCGCAUAUAUGUCAUUUGAGCAAGAUGUAUUAAUGAGACUAGCAGGGAGCGAUCGUCUAUUUGCUUUACCCGUAACAACUUGGUGGUCCCAAUUGAAAAGUGCAGGCUCGGCAAUCUAUGCGAACAGACAUUACUUAGCUCUGUAUCGCCAAAGUCAACCUGCCAGACUGUGCGCAGCUGUACAUGGCAAGUGUCAUAUCAUCGGUGAUGUCUAUAUUCACCCCACAGCGACUGUUCACCCCACAGCUGUGUUGGGCCCAAAUGUCAGUGUUGGCGCAAAUGCCAUGGUCGGACCAGGCGUACGAAUUCGAGAGUCAAUUGUAUUAGCUGAGGCACAAAUCCAAGCGCACUCUAUCAUCUUACAUAGUAUAGUGGGUCGAGGCAGCAGAGUAGGAGAGUGGGCUAGAGUUGAAGGCACUCCGUGUGAUCCUAAUCCUGACAAACCUUUUGCAAAAAUGGAAAAUCCACCACUGUUCAACACGAAUGGCAAACUCAACCCGUCUAUCACUAUACUUGGUACCUGCGUGUCAUUAACAGCUGAGAAAAUACUACUGAACUCGGUCGUUUUACCUCACAAGAAUCUUACAAGAAGUUUCAAGAAUGAAAUCAUCUUGUAAUGCCUGCAAACAUUUUGUUAAGUGCAAUAAGAAUUGUUAACUUUCUAUAUUGACUAAGAUGUUCAACACUAUUGUUGUAAAUUUGCUUUGAGGCAUUCCAAAAUUGAAUUUCAAUUGGUACAAAGUUUUAUACACCAAUCUUUGAUACAUAUUUUUUGAAUUUACAUUGAACUUUUGUCAAUUACGCACAAUAUUUUUAUUCAAAUUAAAAAAGAAUUAGGUUUAGAUUAAA